CUUUCAUGAAAGCCGCCAUUUUCAGAGAAAGAACAGAGGAAAUACGUCUUCCCUAUUUUCUCUCUCCUCAUUUCUCCCUGAAAUGGAUUUCGAAGCAAAUUUUGAAAUUGAUCGAACUGCAGAUUAUAUCCACUCUCAUAAUUUCACUAGAGUUGCACUUCAGUUUCCUGAUGAAUUGUUGAAAGAUUCGAUCAGAGUUGUAAAAGAACUUCGAGAAAAGCUUCGAGCACUUCGAAAAUGUGAUGAUGAUGACAGAGGUGGAACCCUUGUGGAGGGAAAGAGGGAUGUGGGUUUGUAUGUUAUGGCUGAUACAGCUUAUGGUAGCUGUUGUGUUGAUGAGGUUGGGGCGGCACACAUCAAUGCCGAAUGCGUUGUACAUUAUGGACAUACUUGUUUGAGCCCGACAUCAACUCUUCCAGCAUUUUUUGUAUUUGGAAAGGCGUGUAUAAAUGUUUCUGACUGUGCACAGAAGAUCUGCACUUUUGCUUCAAGUUGCAACAAGCCUAUUCUGGUUCUCUUAGGACUGGAAUAUACAUAUGCAAUACAUGAUCUGAAGGGAACAUUAGAAGAUGAAGCAUUAAAAUUGUCAACGUCUUCAUCCAAGUUAGAUAUUAAUUGUGCUAGUGUUCUGUCUUCGACUGUUGCUCCACCCACAGGGCAGAUGACAUCCAAUGGACAAGCUGAAGUUGUUAAUAACCUUUCUAGUUUCCCUGAAGCUGGUGAUGCUGAAGUUCAUACAUCUUACAGCAUCAGUGGUCUCACUUGGAAUAUACCACAUGGUCAACGAAUUGAGGAUUACUUGGUUUUUUGGAUUGGACUAGAUAAUUCAGCAUUUGCAAAUGUAGUGCUGACUCUUAAUGCAUGUGAAAUUGUGAGAUAUGUUCCUGCAGAGAAGUCCCUAAUAACAGAUGUAUCCCAAAUAACUAGGAUUCUACAACGUAGAUACUACUUGGUGGAGAAGGCAAAGGAUGCUGGUAUUGUUGGAAUUUUGGUUGGAACCCUUGGUGUAGCCGGUUAUCUUCACAUGAUUCAUCAAAUGAAAGAUUUGGUCACAAAAGCAGGGAAGAAGGCCUAUACGAUUGUUGUAGGGAGGCCAAACCCAGCAAAGCUUGCCAACUUCCCCGAGUGCGAUGUUUUUGUUUAUGUUUCUUGCGCACAAACUGCACUUUUGGAUAGCAAAGAGUUCCUAGCUCCAAUCAUCACUCCGUUUGAGGCGAUGCUUGCUUUUAAAAGAGGUAGCCAGUGGACUGGGGCAUACACAAUGGAGUUCAGGGAUUUGAUGAAUAUGCCAUCAUGCGGAGUUGAAGUAGGCACGGAUGAACCGCGGUUUUCUUUCAUCCUAGGUAGAUAUGUUGAGGAUCUUGAUCAUGAAGAGAUUGCUGAUGACAGUGAAGGCCUUGCCUUGGCGAUAUCAACAGAAAAGGCCCUCCGGCUUCGGGACAAAGAUGUCAAUACCCUUGCCAACAUUGAUCCAAAAUCUGGGGCGGAAUUUUUGGCCAUGCGAUCAUACCAAGGCCUGGAUAUACACCAUGAUGGCUCAAUGCCGAAGCCUAUUGUGAUUGGUAGAACAGGGAGAGCAGCAGGUUACGAAAAUGAGAAGAGCCAGUGAACAAAUCACUUAAGGAUGUAUAAGUAGGCUUGAUUUUUGAUAUUCUGACUGGAAUUAAUGUUCACUUUUGAUUUUACAUUGAGUAACCCAGUGAUUUUGUAGCCAUUAUACCGAGUAAAGUAUAAAACAAGUCCCUAAUUUCAGAAGUGGCAAAGAAGCCCCUCUGCUGGCUCGAUUUCA